UUUACAAAGUAUUUCAGGUUGUAAGAUUUUUCGGAUGCAUCGGUAAUAAGUAUAACUAAUACAAUCUUGCAUUAAUUACUCAUAUCGUUAGCGUUCAUUAAUUAAUAAUAGUAAAGCACGGCACAGUUCUCAUCUGAAUCUGAAUGCGAUAUCUCGUGCAUCAUAUUCAUCGCCCCUGCGUGCAUGGUAAUACAGCCUGCAGAGUGCAGACUGCAUCCCUGCCGCGUCGCUGACGCUGUAUUUGCUUGUGCAGCAGAUCUCGCAGGGACACCGGGACACGUUGCUACGGACGGGAAUCGUGGAAUCGAUUGAGCCGUAGCUGCACUUGUGCACUGCUCCACUACAUUGAACUGUACGAGCAUCGAGUACGGCUUGGUGUAAAAGGAUGCUUGACUGUCAGUCAGUCAACGGGCGCAGCUUGCCAUUUUAACUACGCUACUAAGCGUACUGCCAUGUGAAUCCUGUGGAUUGCGCACGUGCAGCGACUGCGCGGCUGGGUCGAUGGAGGCAUCCACGGGAGCGCGGGAGGAGCCGAGGGGAUCGCAGGAUGCAGACGAGGGCAGCAGCAGCUGCGUGCAGCAUCUGGCGGGCAUCGUCGAGCGGCUGCUGGACGACGGAGAGCAGGCGCUGGACCUCUUCCUGCGCAUGCAGUUGCUGGCGGAGAAUAAGCGCGCGGACCGCGCCACCAUCAGCGCCUUGCAGCAGCAGGUGGCUGAUUUACAGGCCGACAAGGCGACGGAUCGACGGACCAUCGACGCGCUGCGGGUGCUCGUCGCCGAGAAGGAGCGCCUGCUGCAGGAGGUGCAGAUGGGAGGAGCCCCCAACCCGCCACUGAAAUCGGCGCUGCCCCCCGCGGGCGCCAAGCGGCCCCCCAAGACGGUGACCUUCGCCCCGCUACCCGCCGUGGCCGUGGGCGUCGACGGGCCGGGGAAGCGCAAGCGCUGCGAGCCGCUGCACACGGCGCGCGUCUGCAAGGCCUGCUGCGUGCAGUUCGGCGACGAGGCGGAGCUGCGCGCGCACGCCUGUCCGCGGGCGCAGGCCAAGCGCUAUGCCUGCCCCGCGGCGGGCUGCGGCAAGGUCUUCGCGACGCUCUCCAGCCGCAAACGGCACGAAGGCAGCCACGCCGCGCUGCUGCUCGUCACCGCGGAGACGGCGCUGGAGGCGCCCGCCCGCGCCGGCGGUGACAGUGCCGGUCAUCCCAUGGCGCGUCGGCCGCGCCGCAACUGAAGUCCGAGGCGGCAUCCGACCAGUCGUGGACAUUAGUUUCGGUUCUCUUGAUACGCUGCGCUCACUUGUCUUUGCUGCACUUUGCAGUUUUUUCUACCUCACGCAGUUGCUGUUCAGUCGCUAUUGCACAUUUAACUUAUUUGCAUGUAUUUUUAAUUGGAGAUUAAUUUUCUAGCUGGCUUUUAUAGCUUGAAUUGCAUUGCGGCUGCAUGUUCGUUGAAUGAAUUUACUCACUACUGUAUUAUUGCUAUACAAUUCUUGUUUAUGCACUAGAAAUGUCUAACGCAACUCAAUGUCUUCGUACAUUUUUACAUGUGCAAAAGCAGUGAAAAACCGUCUUGUCGUCAUAUAUAAA